UGCGCUCUCCCUCGCCUGCGGGCUGGCCCUGCUCACCUCUCGUCUGGGGACAUGACGGGCACGGCAGGCGCCACUGCCACCAGGGAUGGCGAGGCCCCCAAGCGCUCCCCGCCCUGCAGUCCGAGCUACGACCUCACGGGCAAGGUGAUGCUUCUGGGAGACUCAGGCGUCGGCAAAACGUGUUUCCUGAUCCAAUUCAAAGAUGGGGCCUUCCUGUCCGGAACCUUCAUAGCCACUGUCGGCAUAGACUUCAGGAACAAGGUGGUGACCGUGGAUGGCAUGAGGGUGAAGCUGCAGAUCUGGGACACCGCCGGGCAGGAACGGUUCCGAAGUGUCACCCAUGCUUAUUACAGAGACGCUCAGGCCUUGCUUCUGCUGUAUGACAUCACCAACAAGGCUUCCUUCGACAACAUCAGGGCCUGGCUCACUGAGAUUCAUGAGUAUGCCCAGAGGGAUGUGGUGAUCAUGCUGCUAGGCAACAAGGCGGAUAUGAGCAGCGAAAGAGUGAUCCGUUCGGAGGACGGAGAGACCCUGGCCAGGGAGUACGGAGUUCCCUUCCUGGAGACCAGCGCCAAGACGGGCAUGAACGUGGAGUUAGCCUUUCUGGCCAUCGCCAAGGAGCUGAAAUACCGGGCCGGGCAGUCAGCGGAUGAGCCCAGCUUCCAGAUCCGAGACUAUGUGGAGUCCCAGAAGAAGCGCUCCAGCUGCUGCUCCUUCGUGUGAAUCCCAAGGGGCAGAGAGGACGCUCCGGAGGCCCAGGGGAUGCAGCCAUCCCCCGCAGGUCUAGCUUAUUCCCAGCGCCUGAGCCAAUGGGGAGAAAGAUGGAGGACCCAGUGCACAGCCCGUUCCUGCCAGGGAGCGGUACUCCAGCUCCUGCUUGAGUUCCUGCGGUCUCCCCAUCCACGGGGAGGGUAAAACACUUAGCUUUUAUUUUAAUAGUACAUAAUUUAGUACCAAAAAAACCUACCUGGAUGCCCAGAAAACCAAGGCUGGGACCUGGUGCCCCCUUUGCUUUCUAGGACUUGCGGGGCUGGACCUCCCUCCUAGACAUAACAAAGGUGGUGAUGUUAUGUCCCCAGCUGCGCCCCAGGGGACACAGAUGCACUUUGGGGGUGAGGGCAGGUGAUGACUCCACCUCACCCUCAGUUCAGUUGGAGAGAGGCUGAGCUGACCGAAGCCUUCACUGGCUCCUGCCCUCCAGGAGCUUAUCUGUGCCCCAUCCCCCAAAUACCUGAGCCUUUGUGCUGUGAGGGAGACCAAAGCCUCAGGGACGUUAGGGGAUACGGGAGAUGGGAGGGGGAAGCCAAAGAGCAGAGACUAGGGUCUGACUGGCGACCUCUGGCCUUACGAACACCUCCCUGGCGGCGUGCGCCCCUUUCUCCAGCACACAAGCACAUUGGGGCACCUGGAAAUACUGGUUCCAGGCUCCUGUUCUCUGGACCUCAGAUCCUGGGGAAGCCCCUCCCCGCUGAACCCCUGGCUUAGCUACCUUUCUGCCUGUGCCCCUAAAACCCUAAAAACCUCAGGUCAGAACUAGGAAAAGACUUUUGCUUUUUUUUUUUUUUUUUUUUGAGAUGGAGUCUCACUCUGUCAAACAGGCUGGGGUGCAGUGGUGCAAUCUCUGCCCACUACAACCUCUGUCCCCUGGGGCUCAAGCGAUCCUCCCAUCUCAGCCUCCCAAGUAGCUGGGAUUACUGGUGUGCACCACAAUGCCUGGCUGAUUUUUGUAUUUUUUGUAGACACGGGGUUUUGCCAUGUUGCCUAGGCUAGUCUUGAACUCCUGAGCUCAAGCGACCUGCCAGCCUAGGGUGGGAUUACAGGCAGGAGCCACCACGCCCAGCCUAGAUGUUUCUUCUUAUCCCAAUUCUUUGGCAAGCAUGCAGCUCCACAGGCGAUUUCUUCAAACAGCUGAAAUGUUUAGCUUUCCUGGGUUAAGAGCCAGAUAAGGAGAAAUCCCUUUCCUAGGUUUGGAAUGUGUUGUGAA